UAUUAGUCGGCCGCGCGCGCUCCGGCAAGCAUGUGUUUUUGACGCGCUCCGCACGUUCGAUUUCGUUCGGUAUGGCUCCGCGGCGGCAGGGCGCCGCCGGCGCGCUCGAAGAUAGCGACACUCGAGGGUGCUGCGUCCCCAGCGAAUGCUUACGUCCCAGAGAACCCGUGCGUUUUGAGGACGCCGUACGCGUGCUAUGCAACAAUGACACGUGCGCCGCCGGCCGGUAUAUGCACAGAGCCUGCUUCGAGCAGUGGGAAGUCGGGGUGCUGGCUUACUUGAAGUCUUGCGGGCGGGCCCGAUCAUGGUCUGAGAGACAGCGGCAUCAGAACUUAUGGACGAAGAAGGGUUACGAUUUGGCAUUUAAAGCUUGCGGGUGCCGCUGCGGACGAGGGCACCUGAAGAAGGACUUGGACUGGGCGCCUCCAGGAUCGGUGGCGCGGGCUGACGAGGAGAAGAAGCGUCGACGACGCACGCGGCCGGGGCGCACGCCGGCAGCAGGCGACGGCCGCCCGCGGACCUUCAGCCUGUCCAGCUCGGGCUCCUGCUCGCCACCCUCGGCGCCUUCCGAGCCCUCCACCAGCCCCACACAUCAGCCGCAGCACGCGCUGAAGAGGAACUCGAAGGUGGAAAUCGUUUCCGAUAGAAUCAGAGCCGGCGCUGGUGCGAACGGGAUUUUCUCCAGGAGGCUCGACUUCUCUACCUUCAAUCUUCUGCCGAAGCACAAAGUCAACUCAUAUCAGAUAAAGAUCGAAGACGAGGGCAACCACGGCAACGACGACACGCGGCUGUUCAUCCUGUCGACGCUGGCCGGGCAGCACAAGCCGCGCGUGACGUGCGCGCUCUGCGAGGACACGCUGCACGUGUUCGACCGCUACCCGCUCGUCGACGGCACCUUCUUCCUCAGCCCCAAACAGCACACCAGCGGCGCUGUCGAGGUGAAAGUGGAAGGGCGCACGCAAUACCUGACGUGCGUGUGCAUGGGGUGCCUGGAGCGCUGCGACCCGGAGCGCACCAUCCGCUGCCGGUUCUGCAGCCAGAAGUGGGACGGCACGUCGCUGGUGCUCGGCACCAUGUACUCCUACGACAUCUUCAUGGCGACGCCGUGCUGCGCUGACCGAUUGAAGUGCAACAGUUGCUACAAGCCGCUCCUGCACCCACAGCAACGGCUGAACUACUCCGACUACUCUCACCCGGUGACGUGCCCGCACUGCCGCGUCCUCGACACGCAUUUCGUCAAGCCGUUGACCUACUGCUUCACAAAACGGGCGUACCCGGUGUUCCAGCAGUGGCCAUAA